AUGUUUGAGGCAAGAGUUUUUGGGAGGACACUCGUGGCUGUACUGAAAUUAGAAAUAUCUACAGUUGCUGCCACUUCUACAGCCACAGGACGUCACCCCCUUGAGGAGUUCUUUGAAGCAGAUGGAAGUACAUAUGAGGACAAUCCUGAGAAUGCCACGCAGUGUAAUCUUUCUUUGACUACUGAACUCAAUAAAGAAAGGAUAAAAAGGGAUGGACGAUACUGCAGUGCUGUAGGUACAGUCGCAGAGAUUGAAACCCUGAUUUCUCGAGUGAACUUUGUUAAACAGAUUGGAAGAUUUAUCAUGAAGAGCAUCCAUGAGUGGACAUCCUCUUUCUUAUGA